UUCAAGGCCGUCGGGGCUGGCGGGGCCAAGCCCGCCAUCAAGAAGAAAUUUCAGAUGGAGGAUAGUGACGACGAGGAUGAGAUGUUCAAGGACUUUGCGGUGAAGGAUGACGACGCGCCCGCGCCUGCCCCGGCGCCGGCCCCGCCACCAGCGCUGGCCGCGAAGGAACCCGCGGAGGCCGUCACCACUGCCGCCGCGGGGCCCAAAGCCGGCGCUGGCACUCCUGCCGGCCUGGUGGACGACGAUGACGACAUUAAUGCGCUCCUGCUGGGCAUGGACGACGGCGACGAGGGCGGCGGAGUCGAUAGCGCCAUCACCGGACUCAUACCACACGCUGCCACAGCCGCUGCGGCCGACACCAGUGCCGGCGCCGGCGCAAACGAGGAGGGCAGCGUAGUGCAGCAGGGCGCGGCGCCGCAGUUGCAGGACGACGCUUCCACGGCUGCGGCUCUGGCUGCUGAGCAGCAGGCUGCCGCUGCAGCGGCGGAGGCUCGGCAGCAGGCGGGGCUUGUGCAAGAGGCAGCAGCACAGGCUGCCGCCACCGCGGCUGAGGCAGCUGCAGUGGCAGCGGCAGCUCAGCAGCAGGCACAGAUGGAGCAGGCAGCAGCUGCAGCGGCACGGCAAGCCGAGGAGGCGCGUGCGGCGGAAGCGGCGUCGCAUCAGGCGGCUGAGGCGGAGGCCGCGCGACAGGCCGCCGCCGCCGCGGCUGCGAUUCAGCGGGCGGUAGAGGCCGAGAAGGUAGCGCAGCAAGCAGCCGCUGCGGAGGUCGCUAACGUAGCUGCGGCUGAAGCAGCAAUGCACCAGGCAAAGGUACAGGCGGCGGCGCCGGUUCAGGCGCAGCAGGCGGAGGCAGAGCAAGGGGAGCGGCAGGCUGCUGCCGACACGUUGACCAGGCAGCAGGAGGCCAAACGGCAGGCUGAGGCGGCUGAGGCGCGCGCUCAUGCUGAUUGCGAGGCCAAGGAGGCUGCCGAGGCUGCUGCCGCAGCGCAACAAGUAACGGCGACGCCGGCAGCAGCAGAGCCUACACCCGUCAUCAUGGCGAGCACGGCCGCGGUUACGGAUGCGCCUGCCACCGCGCCAGCUCCGGUUAGGGCACAGCAGCCGGCGGAGCAACCCGCGGUGGCGGCAAUGCGCGGUCCGGGCGGCCCUCUGCCAGCACGUGUACUAACGCUGCCCCAGCCCCUGCCGCCAGCGCCUAAAACCGCUGCCGCUGCUACGCCGGCUGUACUCAGCACCGCAGCGGCUGCGCUGACUGGCGCAUCCCGCGGAACCCUGGGUGGCGGCGCCAGCACCUCAGGCGGCGGAGCGGCGCUGCACCUGCCCGUGGCAUCUGCGCCACCGCCGCCGGUGUUCACUGCCGCGCCGGCACCAGCUGUGGGGAUGCUGGGGCUUGCCGGGCCAGCAAUGCGUCGACCGACGCUCGCGCCCCCAGGCACGGCACCAGCUCCACAGCCGCAGCCACAGGCAGUGCAGCCCAUGCCGCUGCUGCAGCCGUCCAGGCCAGUGCUCGGUGCUACAGCCGGUGCCGGCGCUGCCAGUGGCAGUGCCGGGGCCAGCAGUGCGCCCAUUCUGCGGCCGCAGCUUCCGCUGCAGCGGCAGACGCAGCCGCUGCAGUCAGUGGCGCCAGUGGCAGCCUCGGCAGCGGCUGCACCCCUCAGCAACGGCGCACCGCCGCCCAAAGCCGACGCCGGCGGCGGGCUCCGUGCGCUGGGGCUAGGGCGCCACGGUGCUCCUGCCAACCAGCCGCCUGUGGGUGCUGCCGGGCCGUCCGAGCCGCCCAAGGUCCCGCACGCACCCGCAACUGCGCCCGCACCUCCGGCCGACGUCCCGGCCGCGAGUCUGCCAAUUCUGGAGGUUGUGACCAUGCCCGCCGCCGCCACGGCCGUGGUCACUCCGCCGCUACCGGUGCCACAGCCCCGCCCGCCGCACACACACGGGCCCAGCAGGCUCCAUGCAGCCGAUGCACCACCUUCGCUGAUGGCGCGCCAGGCACUGCCCGCAACGCCCAGCCUUGUGACGCCAGUGCUGCACACGCCGCCUCUGGCGCCCGCCGCGCCCGCGCCCGCGCCAACGCCGCCAGCGGUGGGGCUGCAGCCAGUGCAGCCCGCGGUACCGGUCGCUGCUGCGCCGGCGGCGGCGCCGGCGCUCGCAGUGUCCUUCACCUUUGCCGACGCCGGCACCUCCGUGACGCCGCCGGUGAGCGUACGUCCCGCCUGGACCAUCACGGGGCCUGGCGGCGGCUGUGGGCCCGCGGGCGCUGCCGCGGGCUCCACUGCGGUGACACCGACCAGCGGCGCCCCGUUCCCGGCAAUGGCAGCGGGGGUGUCGGGCGCACUGGAGCCGUCGCCUGGGGGCCUGGGCAUGCCAUUAAAGGCACCGGAUUUUAGUGGCAGCGGGCGGUUAGGUCUGGCGCCGCCGCCGGCUGCGGCGGCGCCGCCGGGCGCCAAUCUGGCGGUGCGCCUUGGUGACCCCAUCAAGGCGCUAGAGAUGAUGCUGCUGGAGGCGCAGGCCAUGCGGGACGAGGUGCUGGACCUGCGCGUGCAGGCCGCGCUCACCUCCAACCGGCUGGUGCGGCUUGACAACCCCAUGCUGCGCGACCGCAUCAGCCGCCUCAAGGCCGAGGCGGCGGAGGCGCUGGCCGCCAACGAGCGGCUGGUGGCGGAUCUGAUGCUGCCGCCGCUGCAGCAGCCCCAGCAGCAAUAGCAGUAGAACCUGGAGGAAUAGCAGCUGCGGUACUCGCGGGCGUAUAGAAACUGCAAGCGAUGACUGGGUAGAGAGGCGAAUGUGGGAGGAUGCUUGUGCCUAGGUCAGGUAGGGCAGUGGCAUGACAAAAACAAGGCUUGAUUUGUGGUAGCAGGCUGUGGGACUGCAGCUCAAGCGCUCAAGCACUGGCUUAUGCGGCAUUGAGGAGUGCUCCUUCAGCGGCGGGUCCGGCUGGGAUGGGAAAGGCGUGCAGUGUAAUGCAGGGUGCUG